ACUUUCAUUUGAAUCCUUUGUUAUCUCAAGGAUCCCAAGCUCGACUUUCACGGAUCGCUCAUAGCUCACAUGUAAAGACGCCUCGUAAUGCCCACUGAUGAUAGGAGAAACCGCGCGGUCAUAGUAUAUAAAUACAACAUGCUUUGCAUCUUGAAGAAAAGAUUCAAAUUCCCACUUUUCCGAGUCGAAUAUGUUCACGUUACAAGUUGUAGCGUCUCUGACGGUCGCAUUGGCUUCCUACCACAAAGCUGUCGCAGCUCCAGCACCUUCUGAUCCAUGCGGGGCAAUCGCAGGUAAAUUAUUCGCUCUCCCGGCUGAUGUGCUGGCAUGCGAAAAAUCCUUUCCUUUCAACGAGACUCUCCGCCAAAAUGUCCUCACCACCGUCUCACGGGUUUUUGACUUUUAUACCUUUGAAAAUUGGUAUCUGGAUUCGCCGGCCCCCUUCCAGGAAUCCACGAACAACAUACGAGCAAAUUUGACCCGGAUCAACACGACUCAGUAUGAGACAGACUAUGAUUUCAAUAUUGACCUGUACGAUUUCACCACACAGCUAAAUGACGGGCAUACGCGCUGGUUUACGAAUUGUUAUACCAAUUGGCAAAAUAUUCUUCCGGCCCCUUUCAUCAAUGUAGAAUUAAAUGGUACACAGGGUGUCUAUAUCGCGCCAGAUUCCGUUGACUUCAUUAACUUGAUUGGAACAAGCUACACGGACUUACUUGAAGAGAUGGGAUUCGACUGGCAGAGACUCUCUGGAGCACAAAUCACAAGUAUCGAAGGGCAGGACCCAUACGAUUACGCCGACUUCGUGGCAGACACUGUUUCUGGCAAUUAUCUUGACCACGGGGUACGAGUGAACUCUGUCUUUUCGAGUUAUCGGAUUUCCGGGACCGACUUCUCGCAGAGGCUGGGUGAUUUAGCCGGCCCCACCGGAGUUAAACAGACUUCUCUGGAGGUCAAACUCAUCGUUGCGAAUUCUACCACAGAAGAGACUGUCACUAUACCUUUCAUAGCUAGCUUCCUGGGUGUGGCGUUCACAGAUCAGGCUUCUUACUGGGAAAACAACUGUGCCGCGAAUUCAGAUACGAAUGGCGUGGACCUGCGGACCUCCGGCCUUACCAGACGCUUGACUGAGACUCCCCGUAGACGGCUUGCCAAAGGUAAUAUUAUCGACAAAUCAAACGACAGUGCAAUCGGGCUACCUCCGCAAUUCCUUCCGACUGCUCCCCAAGUAGACGGGAGUGAGGACGUGAUCAAGAAUUUUAUUCUUCCUGAUAAUAUAACUGGGGUGAUGUUCGUCGGAUCCUUUGAGCCGGAUGACUUUGAUCAGUUCCAAGCGGACACCGUCGCAGCGAUAUCUGCGUUCCAGAGUGCAGGUGUAUCACGGCUGUUGAUUGAUUUGACCAACAACGGUGGGGGAUUUGUCUGUCUGGGGCAAUUUCUAUUCCAGUAUCUUGCAGGCUCAAAUAUUGGGUAUCCUGGAUUUGUAUCAACUAACCGUGCAAACCUUCUGGCACAAAAAAUUGUAGCGGCGGAUAUUGCUCUCGGAAAUGAUGAUACAAUCACCUUCUACUCAGCAGACAACUGGGCUUUCUUGAACGACACGGAAAUGCCUGCGAGCUACGACUACAUCGACCCUUCGCUACCUUUUACCGUCAACGCCGUUAACGAACCAACUUCUCAACGCUUCCAUGAUACAUGCCAGUUGUCAUUCACUCAGACGAUACCUGAAGAUCCUCCUUUCCCCACAGAGAGCGUGGCCAUAGUGAGCAAUGGGAAUUGCGCAUCCACUUGUGCAAUGUUUAGUACUCUUAUGAAUGAGAGAUUACAAACGAAAAUUGCAGUAUUUGGCGGAAAGCCUGGAGAGAAUGUCGAAUUUAAAGGAAUGGCAGGAAAUCAGGUUUUGGAAUGGGCUGAUAUUGAUACGGAGAUAAAGACUGCAGGGUUGAAGGACGAUCCUCUGGCACCUCCCGACUUGCUAGUCUCAGGAGACUUCAGGCAUAACUGGCGUACUGCUUGGAGUUGGCUCAACGAAAGCAUUCCAAUUGCGUUCCUUUCCGAGCUUCCCAAAUUGCGUUUUCCUUUUACUCUCGAAACCUAUAACAACCCUCAGAAUUUGUGGGUUUACGCGGCAAGCCAACUGUUUCCAUGAGAUGAUAAUAAUCAUCAAAGCCUGAGUAGGCCUGAGUAUGGCCCCGGUAUGAUCAGAGUAGAGGGAGGCGUGACUGAGAUUGAUUUAAGCCAUAUUCGCUAUCGCCGUAUUCAUAUUCGCAUGCACGCUUUGGAGCAUGAAAUAUAAUUGUUUCGUAUCGAAGGCA